AUGGCAGAAGUUGCAGAGCACCGGACAGAAGAAUACACGCUAGAGUUACUUUGCGGAAAUGAAGAGCCAAAGAAGGUGAAUUUUAUUGGGGAGCUGUGCACGAUUGGUACAGUAAGCACAGCAGACGUGAAACUUACACACUCUGAGGCACUGGAGUGUAUAAUUGAUUACAAGAAAAACACUCUGCGCGUUGCCUCUGGGAAGAUUAAAAUGAACGGAGAAAUAAUUACGACAGAAGUAAAGAUACACUACCCGUGCAUUAUUGAGGCAGCUGAAAGACUCUUUAGAAUAACGAAAACCGUGACGGAAAUAAAGAAAGAAAAGGAAGUUAAGCGCAUGCCAGCAUACCCAAUAAUACGGCAGGAAAUUGUUGAGAUGGAGGAAAUAGCAGAGCAUGACUCUGAUGGGUUCUAUCGGUCUGAUGAAAGUUUUAGCAACGACAUGAAAAACAAGACAUACACAAUAGAUGGAAGCACAAAGGAUGAAAUAUGGGAGAAUCUGUCGCUAAGCGGGCUGAAUAUGCAAGACCUUCCUGGCGUGCAGGAGAACACCCAGCAGAUAAUGAACCAAUUUCGGGAUCUGGUAAUGGAGCUGGAUGGAGAGUCCGAGGACACAGACAAAGAGCUGGAGCCAGAGAUGCACUCUGAUGAUAUUAAGAGGGAAGAGGAGGAGAGACUCCAGAAAAUGAAGGAGGCUGAGUGUAUUGAGGAAGAGAGUACUCUAACUGCUGCAAAGGAGGACACAACCCAGACUGAGAUGCCCUGUGAAGAAACACAGAUAGAAAUGUGCCAGGAAGAUGCUUUAGAGUCAACUGAGCAUGUGGUUGAGUCUGUUGUUGAGCUGCAGAAUCUGCAGGCAAAAGAGGAUCCAAUGCAGGCAGAGGACACAACGUACAAUAUGUCCAGAAUAAGCAUAUUUGAGGGCAUCCCGUAUGAGCCAAACACGGCCUCACAGGAACCGGCUGCAGAGGAGGAAAAUAUACAGGCAGGAGCACGCUGCAUGGAUACAGACAAGAAGGAAUUUUCCUCAAACGAUUUAGAGAAACCAACUGCAGAAGUUCCGCAGGAAGUGCAGGCCCAGGAGGAAGUGCCUGCAGUUGAGGAGACACAGAUAGAGACACCUGCAGAAAUUGCUCAGGAUGAAGAUAUCUGCACUACUGAGAAUGCUCAAGACACUAGCGUAAACGGCUCUGCACCAGAAGACCCUAAGGAGACCUCUGCAAAUACAGCAGAAGAUCUAGGCAUAGAACAGACAGUGCAAGAGAACAUUGUAGAUGAGCUAGAGGUAGACCAGGAAGUGGAUGAUAAAUCUGCUGUCUCAGAGAUGCCUUGCGCCAUUGAUGAGCACACCCUCAUUGAACAGUCUGUGCCUGCAGAAGCUGAACAGCCAGAAGAAAAGACAGAUGCAGCUACUGAGCGUCCUGCAGACCAGUCCAUCUUGAAUAGUUGCCCAGUAAAGGAAGAGCCUAUUGCCGUUUGCCAAAAUGCACAGGAAGAGACUGAAGAGAACAUGGACACAUCUGCUGCUGUGGAAAGGCCUGAGACUACUGUUCUUCCCCCAAGCACUCCGCACAGAUCGAUCAGAAGGGCAUCCAUUUCCCACCAGAUGAUAAUCCAGCAGCAGAACAGCCUGGCUGAAAAAGAAGAUUCUUUGCCAGAACCAAAGAAGAAAAGAAAAACAUCUGCAAAGAAGCAGAAGAAACAGAGGAAAGGAAAAUAA